AUGGCAGCGACCAGGGCGUCCCCGCUGCUGAUCUUGCUGCUCAUCAUCCAGCUGAACUUGCUCUUCCACCUCCCCGACUCCUCCUCCAUCACCGCCCUCGCACAACCACAGCAACAGAUCAGCAGCGUCGGCAUGCAACAUCGCCAGCCUGUGCUGGUGCAGUCGACGUGCAACUCCACGAGCUUCUACGACGUCUGCAUCGCCGCGCUCGCCGCCGACCCGUCCAGCUCCACCGCCGACGUCCCGGGCCUCUGCGCUAUCGCCGUCUCCGCCGCGGCUGCCAACGCUUCCGGCACCGCGGCGUUCCUCGGCAACGCCAGCGACGCCGCGGCGACCCCCGACGCGGACCGCGCUCUGCUCCGCACCUGCGCCGGCAAGUACGCCGCCGCGCGCGACGCGCUGCUGCAGGCUCGGGCGUCCCUAGCCGAGCAGGCCUACGACUACGCCUUCGUGCACGUCAGCGCCGCCGACGAGUACCCCGCCGUGUGCCGGACGCUGUUCCGGCGCCAGCAGCAGCAGAAGCAGCGGGGAGCGAGGCCGUACCCGCCGGAGCUGCCCAAGAGGGAGGAGGCGCUGCGGAGGCUCUGCACCAUCGCACUCGACAUCAUCUCCCUGCUGCAAAAUCAGGAGCCCCAGUAA